CUUAUGCCUCUAAUUGUUUUUGUACCUUUUAGUAAACAUCAUCGGCGGCUCUUCGCUGCAAUUUCAUAAAAAUGGUGUCAUUUUCUGCCAUUGGAAAGGAAAUUGUACUGAAACUUCUUGGGACAAUCUUCUCCUUUUAUGCUGUGUAUUACAUAGUGGCCUCACUCAUUCAUGGAAUUCUCAGACUUGAUAAUUUUGAUGGCACUAUCCCAUUUCACUACCAAAGUUUUGAUCAAAUAUUCACCAACUCAUCGAGAUGGAAUGAUAGUGUUUUCAUAGCUGACUUCAUCUCACUAGAAUGCACAUACGCAAUCAUUCCAUUUGUGUUCUUCAUCUUCCUGAGAUCACGGCUAUGGGAUUAUACAAUCACCAUCACAGCUCUACACUGUAUUCUUGUCUGUUUAGUUAAUUUAGCUUUCCCUUUGGUAUGGGAGUGGUGGGUGUGGAUCAUCAUAAGUGUUGUCCUUAGUAUCGGGAUCAGCGAAAUGACUACCGCCCUCAUCAGGAAAAAGAAGACAGGAAGCUUCAGACCUCUACCAAAGGAAGAAGAUAAGGUCACAUGACUUGAAGGAAGCAUGGACACUUGACUUGAAGGAGAUAGCAUCACAUGACUUGGAGAUAGCAUGGACACAUGACUUGAAGGAGAUAGCAUCACAUGACUUGAAGGAAGCAUGGACACUUGACUUGAAGGAGAUAGCAUCACAUGACUUGAAGGAGAUAGCAUCACAUGAAUUGAAGGAGAUGGUGUCACGGAAGGAAGCAGGGUGCCAUGGUCACAUAAAUUGGAAGAAUUGAUGCAAGUAGCUCUGUCCCUCUGUUGAGUAAAUUACAGCAUAGGUGAAUGAUAUUGAUAAUUAUUAUCAUUCCUAUCUUAUUUAGCAAUUUUUGCAAUGCAUAUGCUGUUUAGUAAUUUACCAUUCCAUCAAAGAUUUCUUGUAGUUAACAGUGAUUUCUUUCAUUCACUUUGUAUCUAGCUACUUGAUGUCAUCUCAGUUGGUCUAUUUUCCAAAUUAGAUCAAAUGAAUGUGUAACUAGUGAGCAGUUUCAACUUUCAAACAAUGGUUUUGAUCGGUAGGUUUUGAUGAACAAAAUGCACAUGCAACAAUGACCUUAUAUAAGCAACAGACCAAAUGGUUACAAACCAAAAUGAUUAUACAUGAACUUCUAGAUAAAAAAAGGAAUUAUACAAAAUGGACCAACUUGAAUGAGACCAAAUGGGAAAGUGGUAUUAGACCGACUUGAAUGUAUAUCAGGCCUGGAGGGUGUUUCAUAAAACUGUUGAUAAAGUUAUGCCCAACUUUAUCAAUGACUGGAAGAUGUUCUUAGGUGUUUUCAGCUUCCUAUGGAUCACUAGUUGUGCAUGAAAUCAUACAGCACAGCUUUAUGAAACAGUUCCUCUCUCAAUCAAAGGCAUUCUUUGUUCUCAUCUUGAACAUUACAUUUUUUUAAAAGUGCCAUAGAAAUGAUGCCAGUUGAAUGAACAACAAAACUGUAUUAGUAGAUUCUUUAAAAUGUUGAUCAAAAUAUGAAGUGCCGUAUAAUGGUUUCUUCUCAGGUAAGCAGACAGUACAGUGUGUAGGUGUACAUGUACCUUAAGUCAAUCUUAUGCCAAAUUAUAAUUUCUAUUUUCUCUUCUCUCUACCUUGCUAUACCAGCAAAUUUUUCUAAUUCCAUUUCAGUACAUUAUUCUUCUUCUUACUAGUACACUGUAGUACGUGUAUAAUGCCCUUUCAUGUAGAGCGCAUAUGACGUAAUAGCAGUACACUGCAACGGACACACAGUUUUUUCAUUUUCUUACCCUGGGCAUUUUGCAAUAGAAAUACACAUUCUUAAUAUCUUUAUAUGUACAAAAUGAUCUCGCCUUUGCAAUGAUCCAACUUAUGGCUCAUGUAAAAAGUAAUUAACAGAAAUGAUUUGUGGAAUAGAAUUAGAUCAAAUUUUGCCUUUAUGAAUUAUACAGCAGGGCCUUACAUUGGAAAAAAAGGUGAUUCAUGAAAAUGUUGUGAUUUACUAUACCUGUAGGUUGUAAAUAUCACUGAUGUCUUGUUAUUAUUUUAUGUAGUAGUGCAAUGUUUGUAAACUACAUGUAGACUGAAAUGUGUGUUAAGCAAUGCUGGUAUCAAAUAAUUCAAAUGUCUUAGAAAGCAUGAUCGCAUUUUAUGAUUGUCAUUGAUUUUUCUGAAAUUUAAGAUUUCUAACAUACAUACAUAGAGCAUUUACAGAGAUGCCAAGUUCAAAGACCAGCUAUGCGUGAGAUUUUCUGUGAAUCUGAGUGAGAUCACAGACAUUGUGUAC